AGGCACAAUGGAGGCACAAGGGGAGAAGGGCGGGGGCUGCUUUUGAUUGAUGGCUGAGGCUGCCCAACGGCGCGUCGUGGGAGCGGGUCCGGGGAGUGACAGGCUUUCAAAGGGGCAAAUGGCGCGUGGCGUGAGGCGGGCGCGCAUGGCGUGAGGCGGGCGCAGCAGCAACAGUAACGGAGAAGAGUAAGAAACAGAACGCUCGAGUGGGUAGGAAUGUUGGUAGCAGGGCUGAGUACAGCAUGAUUCUGGAAAGAAGAUGGGCUCUACUCGUGUGACUGCAAAGGAGCUAUGUGAGAAUGAUGAUCUAGCCACAACACUAGUUCUUGAUUCCUGCCUCGGCUUUAAGACCCAUAAGAUGAACGUAAGCCCACUCCCAGCCAUCAGAAGAAAGCACCAUUUGCGGGAAGCAGUGGAGGCUUUCCGGAAGCGCAAGGACCUAGAAGUGGCAUACCAGGCCUUGAUGCAGGGCGGGUGGGCCUGCCAGUACUUUGCGAACCGGAGCCAUCAGCAGGAGGCUGCCUUCAAAACUCAUAUAUUUCGCUACCUUCGCAUUUUCCUUCCUGAGAGUGGUUUUGCCAUCAAGCGCUGUAGCCGAUAUUCCCUGGAAAUCAAUGGUGCCCGUGUGGUCUCUACAAAAUCUUGGAAAAAGAAUGACAAGCUGGAGCUCCUGGAGGGCUACAUCGCAGAGCUGACAGAGCCAGAUGAGAGCCUCCUGCGGACUGGUGAAAAUGACUUCAGCAUCAUGUACUCCACAAGGAAACAGUGUGCCCAGCUAUGGCUGGGGCCUGCAGCCUUCAUUAAUCAUGACUGCAGGCCAAACUGUAAGUUUGUCCCAAUGGAUGGGAACACUGCCUGUGUCAAGGUGCUGCGGGACAUUGAGCCAGAUGAUGAGAUCACAUGCUUCUACGGCGACGGCUUCUUCGGAGAGAACAAUGAAUUAUGCGAGUGCUACACUUGUGAAAGGAAGGGGGAAGGAGCCUUCCGCCUCCUGAAUCAGACGCCUUCACAAUCUACCUCAAUCAAUGAGAAAUACUUACUCAGAGAGACAGAUGGCCGUCUGCAGCGGUGGAAACAUCAGUCGUGCAAGCUGGCCCAACGCAGUGUGAAAGUGGGACGCAAGACCCGACGCAGGAGGGCACGAUUACGUGGUGAGAUGUGUAAAGGUUCUCUACGCAGAUCUGCCCUUCGUUGGUACAUUAGGAUGCUAAGGCCUCUAUACAUCCCAUUGCACAACUGCUUGGCCUGCAGAGCACGUCAAUGCAAGCUCCGUAAGCAGCCGUUAGUGUAUCUGCCUCGCUGUCCUCCUCCUGUGUUUCCUGUAUCACAUCUCCGGCGCUCUUUGCGCAAAAAGGGUAGCCCCUUUGGGACCCAACGGAGCUGCUUCUUCUCAAGGACGUACAAUAGACCUGUGAGCCCGCACUGGGUAGACCAGAGCAAUUUGGUUGUGAAUCUUGGCAAGAGAAUUCCCCUGUAUUGGGUAGGGUUGCGCAGAGGAGCAGUGCAUGGGAUUGGUGGGAGAGAACUAAAUAAUAGUGGCAAGGCAGAGUUUAGUCAGGGCGCUGUGGAACAUCACACAGGAAAUGGGGAGAGCCCAGCUGAGAUCACAGGGGCCCAUGGAUCAGGAUCUGGGGCACCAUACUCGAGGGAGCAAGGGCCCCUUGGCUCUUCAGACCCUUCUUCCUCCAGCCAGCUCCUGUGCAGAACAAGGAGCAUGACCCGGCGGCAAGCUCAGGUUUUGCCCAAACCCCAAGUCUCACUACCAGAUGUAGAUCCCAAGCUUUCUCAGUAUGCUCAUGUCCGCCUGGAGAGCCCCCUCUUUGGAGGCAGGCAGCGCUGGCAGCAGCCCCCUCCAGACAAGAUGGAGAAGGAGCAGGCAGAGGAGCAACAGCCUCCAAAGCGAAUGGUUUCCUUCCCCCCUUUUGUGCCACCCAAGCGGCUUCGACUGGUCGUGAGCCAUGGCUCCAUCAACCUUGAAGUGGCUUCCAGUUCCUGUGAGGAGUUGUCUUGAUGUGACUGGUGUCCAUGUGCUGAGAAGAGACCCUCCAGCUGCUUACUGCAUUUUGAUCUUUGAUAAACCAGGGCAAAACCCACCUACCAGAA